AAUGAAAAGGCAGUGGGCUUCCAGUCCAUGCUCUCGAACUGCUCUCCCCAUUUCCACCGUACUUUAUCGAGAUAUUGGCGAUGCUUGUGCCAGUCUUGGAUAUAGUUCGCUUCAACAACGUCAUUUGAGAAGCCUCGACGUCUGUGUGUGUGAUGUGUAGGAGAUGUGUCCCUUGUGUAUCUAAACCAGAGAGUCGAACCGAAACGUUUAACGGUCCGGUUCGGGUUUAGGUUCGGCGAUAAGGGUUCGGAUCCGGUUCAGGUCCAGAAGGCAAUUAUAAUGGUUCAAAACGGUUCGGUUUCCGAACCGGUUCAGGAACGAUGGGUGCGAAUGAAGCACAACAGGUCCUUUGUUUGCAUGGAUAUGGACAGAAUGCAAAGGUGUUUGCUUCCAAGAUUGGGGCAUUCCGUAAAGCGACAAAAAGUCUACUUGACUUAGAAUUCAUUGAUGCUCCAAAUGUUCUUCCUCCCCGGUGUGAAAACGGAAUUCAAGAAGGUGACAGAUGUGCCUGGUGGUAUUCAAUGUCUGAUGAUACAGUCACAUGUUUGGAACUCUCCCAUAAGAGCAUUGUCUUUGAGAGAUCUAUAAAUGCCAUAAGGGAAGCUUGGAUAUCACACGGUCCUUUUGACGGUAUAUUAGGGUUUAGUCAGGGAGCCACAAUGGUUACAUUUGUUCUGUUUCUGCAAGCCCUUGGAAAAAUCCAGAGCAAUUUCAGGUUUGCAGUGAUGAUUGCGGGCGGCGAGUCCAGGUCCCUGUACUGGGAUGUUGUCUGUGAGCCAAGCUUAGUUACCAUCCCAACGUUACACAUAAUUGGAGAGAAUGACAGCAUAGUUCCCAAAGAAGUAUCAUGUGGGGCAUUGCAGCAUUUCAGCUCGCCUAGCGUCCUUUUCCAUCCUGGAGGUCAUUAUAUUCCAGGAAGUGGGCCAUGCAAGUUAGAGUACAGGAAUUUUUUUAAAGAGCAGUUGCGACAGAAACAUCACUCAUAGGUGGACGUUUCAAAAUAAAUGCUAUUCUGCUUAUA